AGGCGCUGAAGGGCAGUAAAGAGGUGGAGAUUGUGGACGGUAAGAUUCGCUGUAAAAUCGACCCGGAGCAUUGGCCCAUCCCGACCCCCGCCAUCGUGGGAUCCCCCCACACCGACUUCUCCCAGCUCAUCAACUGUCCAGAGUUCGUUCCCCGUCAGACCCUCAGCUCCACCAACUCCGCUUCAUCGCCUGAGAAGAUGAAUCCUCCCGAGUCCUCUGAGUCUCAGGACUCUGCUGAACCCAGCUCCUCCAGCCAGGAGUCCCCCCCCGACAAAGACGCCCCCCCGCCCGACCCCGACGCCUGGAUCCAGGUGGAGAAACGCCACCGACAGCCCUCUGGAAAGGAGCGCAGCGAGGCUUCUCCAUGCAGCCAAGAGGUUCCUCCGCAGGCCGCGCCCGCCCAAGAGGAGCUGGACUUCCUGUUCGAUGAGGAGAUGGAGCAGAUGGCGCCGAGGAAGAACCGUUUCACCGACUGGUCAGACGAGGACGACUCGGACUACGAGAUGGACGACCAGGACGUCAACAAGAUCCUCAUCGUCACCCAGACGCCCCCGCACGUCCGCAAGCACCCCGCAGGAGACCGGACGGGGAACCACGAGUCCCGAGCCAAGUUCACCGCCGACCUCGCCAAGGCCAUCAACGACGGGCUGUUCUACUACGAGCAGGACCUGUGGAAGGAGGAGGAGCAGGUGGAGAGCGUCAAGGAAGUGGAGAGCUUUAAGAAGCUGAACGUCAUCAGCAAAGACGAGUUUGAAACUCUCGCCCCCAAAGUGCCCGUCGAGCCGAAUCAGGACAUCUCGCCUCCUCUGUUUCCAGUGGACAGUGGAGCAGAGAUGGCUCGAUCUCUUCCUGCAACGGUCCCAGAGUCACCCGUCGCUCACCAACCCCGCACCCCCAAAACGCCUCGCACCCCCGGGCGCCAGGACCCCAGCAAGACGCCUCGCUUCUACCCCGUCAUGAAGGAGAGCGGCACCAUCGACGGACAGACGCCGAGGAAGAAGAAGACUCGUCAUAGUUCGAACCCGCCUCAGGAAGCUCACAUCGGCUGGGUGAUGGACUCCCGGGAGCACCGGCCCCGCUCUACGUCCAUCAGCAGCUCCAACGCCUCCCCGUCAGAAGGGGCUCCGCUGACAGGAAGUUACGGCUGCACCCCCCACUCUCUGCCCAAAUUCUGGCAUCCAUCCCACGAUCUGCUGCGGGACAACGGCUUCACUCAGCAGGGAUACCACAAGUACCUCCGCCGCUGUCUUAAUGAGAGGAAGCGUCUGGGGGUCGGUCAGUCGGGGGAGAUGAACACGCUGUUCAGGUUCUGGUCCUUCUUCCUGAGGGACAACUUCAACAGGAAGAUGUAUGAGGAGUUCAAACUGCAUGCUCUGGAAGAUGCCAAAGACAACUACAGGUACGGGCUGGAGUGUCUCUUCAGAUACUACAGCUACGGUUUGGAGAAGAGAUUCAGGUCCGAGCUGUUCAAGGACUUCCAAGCAGAGACCCUCAAGGACUUUGAGAGAGGUCAGCUGUAUGGACUGGAGAAGUUCUGGGCGUUCCUGAAAUACUCAAAGGUGAAGAACCAGCCCAUCGACCCCAAGCUGCAGGAGCACCUCUCCCAGUUCAAGAACCUGGAGGACUUCAGGGUCAUGCCCCCGAUGGGAGAUGAGGGAGGCAGGAGGAGACGUCUCUCAUCCUCGGCUGGGGAUGAAGGGAGGCGUCGGCGACAUCCUUCCAACACUACCUCAAAACCUGCGCCGGCCUCAAAAUCCUCCAGCGCUGCACAGAACACGCCCAAAGACAACGCCCCGAAAACAGCCGCCGCCGCCCAGGGGAAGAAGGCCGAGCCCGGGAAGAAGGCCGAGCCCGGGAAGAAGGCCGAGCCCGGGAAGAAGGCCGAACCCGGGAAGAAGGAAAGUGUCGCAGCUAACAAAUGAAGCUCCUCCUGAAGGUGUGAGUUUGGAAAGAAGAGGCGACGGGCGGCUCUGAGAUCAGCGUUCGCUCUUUUCAGUAGCAAAAGUGUUUGAGUAUGAAGAGAGACUGAGCGUGGUUGACUUAAUAUGAUUGUUUUUAUCUGUGCAUUUCAUUUUAAAGCAAGCAAAGCAAAGCGUAGGCAGUGAGCUUGAGUCUGUGCGCCUGGCCGCUCAUAACGUUUACAACGUAUACAAAAAAAAAAAAAAAAAAAAAAAAAAACACAAAAAAAAAAUGCAUUCCCUGCAUUUUGCCUUUUUAUUCUCUCGGAUGCCAAAACUCUUUCAACACUUUUGGUUGAUCUCAAAUUCUGUAAAGAGCUCUGGUUUGUAUGGAGCUCUCCGCCUGUUCAACUGUGAUUCUCAUUUGCCAAGAUGAGAGAUAACGCAGAUAGUCUCGUGUGCCUUAAUCUGAUUCACCGGGAGGUAAAAUUGUUCAGAUUUUCAAAAGUCUUCCCAAUUCAUCAUUUGAAUGUGUUCAAAACUGAUAACACUUGCAGCUUUUUUCUUCUUUUCUCACGACGUUAAAUAUCUUUUUUAUCAUGACAAUCACUGCUGCAGUCAUACAUUUGUGAAGGACCCCCGAGGCUGCUGCUCAUCAGACGUGUCCUGAUGUUUUCACUGACGGGCUUCACAGCUAAACGUAUCAUGUUGGUUUUUAAUUAAAGCCUGCAAGAAAAAAAUGACAAAAUUAUGUGGGAAGCUUUACUUAUAGUCCCGUUUUACACCCAGAGCUAGUAUAAUUUAUUGUUUUAUUCUUGUUUUUAUUUUUACUUGAUUUGAUGAAUUAGUCUUAGGUAAUCAUUGCAGUUUUUAAUGGCUUUUGCUAUUGAAUAUUAUAUAUAUGGAAAAAAAAAAAAGAGGAAAUGUUUCUGCUGGAAUUGUGGGUGUGAAGCUAGCAUCAUAAGACUACAGUUUAUUUUAGCUUGAAGUUUACUUCAUAUUAUGUUUGAGGCUUUGUGCUCUAAAGCACUUAAUUCAUUAACUUUCCUUUUACUUCAGCGAUGAACUUAAAAGAGGUUUUAGAGUUGAACUUUAAGAAAAAAAAAUGUAAAUACUAUAAAAAAUCAUUUGCUAUUCGAUUAUUCUUUUUGAUUUUAAGAAGUGAUUUUGUUUUAUUGGUAGUGUGGUUUUGAGUGUGUAUUUAGGAUAAAGCAAUGCAUGUUAAUGCAACAGUCAUGAAUUGUAAAAUGCAAAAAAAUAUAAAAUAACUUUGAUUGUAUAAA